GAAAAACGACAGUUGUUUGACAGUUUAAUUAAAUAAGUUUCCAAGCGAAAUUUGGCAAAUAUUCUCAACAAUGGAUGGAUUUCUUCAUAACCGCAACGAAAAUUUAAAUUCAGGUUAUUGAUUUAACAAGACUUUACGUAGUUAAAUUGUUGGCAUGCGCAAAGCCGCUGCAUUCCAUAUUGACUACGUGUUCAAGUUGAAGCAGGACGGUGAUAUUCAGAGUGAAAUCAUGUGUAGUGGAUUCGACACCUCAUUGUUAAAGUAGUGUGCAGCUUCUGACGGCACUACCUCAGGUAUGGAACAAAGUAAAGGCACUGAGAAAAUGGAAACGGAAGACGUUGAAAUGGAAGAACGCGUCGAUUUAAUAACAGAAGAUUGGGCAUUUAAUGUUACCCUUUCCAACAUAGCAUCAGAAAUAACACCAGAGGAAUUGAAGAGGAUGAAACACCUUACAAAAGGAACAAAUGGACUUGGAAAAGCUGUUCUAGAAAAGAUAAAGGAUGCUACCGAUCUCUUUGACAUAAUGCGGGACAGAGCUUGUUUAGACCCAAAUAAUUGGCUUCAUCUCCAAGCAUUGCUGUGGACGAUUGGACGAAAGGAUUUGUGUGGUACUCUAGCAAACUUUGCAAGAAAUGACCGGAAACAACCGCUUUAUUUCUUUCCACCUAAAGAGCAGCCAGAAAAUGGAUAUACAUUCCUAAAAUUUCACAUUGCUGGUACAAACACCAGUAAGCAGGAUGUAAGGAAUCUCCGCAACCUCGUGGCAGAAUUGUUACUGACCCCUGUGGAGUAUGUAUACUUUGUUGGCUAUGAACCAUCGAGCAGCAUCAUCGUGACGUUUAUGGUUCCCACUGAUAACACGCGUGAAUUGAAGGCUUUAUCAGAGGAAGACAGAAGCCUUUUAAAAUCGAUGCAUGUUGACUAUAUCUUCAUUGGUGAAGAGGAGGUUUCCAUCAUAGGCGAACGAUACAAACCUCCAGUCACAUUAUCGAGCAUCAAAGAAAUCACGAAGUUUAUGAGGGAGAAGAAGAGGUUAGAGAGAGAAUUACAAGAUUCACUGGCUCUUUCUUUGCAACGACAUAAGGCUCUUAAACAAGAGCAACAAAGAAUACUGGGUUUAGAACUAACAAUCAAUCGCCAGGCCAUCGCUCUUUCUUACUGCAUGUCUGAAAUAAUACCAAAACAACUUCCAGUAGAUUCGAUGGAUCAAUGUAGCGUCCUGACUUACUUUAGACAGACUCUGGAAAAAUUCUUUGAAAAAUUCCCCGAGAAACGGGAAGAUGUGUAUGUUUUGCUUGAAGCAAAAGAACUGAUUACCCGCAAACUUGAAAGACAUAAAUGGAGAGCAUUUUCAACAGCACAACAUUUGUCUAAUUUGUCCUCUCAAACAGCAUUGGCGGUAAACUAUGCAACACGUACAGAACAGUUGCAUACAACAACGUCCGGAAAGCUACCAGCAACACUUGUAGAGGAACCAUAUCCAUGGCAGAAUUUAAACAUUCACCAGACUGUCUUACAAAUGCCCGUAGUCUCUUGGGGGGUACCGCAGCCUCCACCGCAACAGCCGCCAACACCUCAAAAUCCAUACCAGCUUUCAACAACCCAGAUACCACAAACCCCCUACUUUGGAUUCAAAGGAGACGUGCCUUCAGCAUCAUCCUAUCCAAACCAAUUUCGCUUUGGAGGUGAAAAGGUGACCACGCCGGUGUUUGGUACGGGCUUUAUGAAGGGAUAUCAAAAUACUAAACAACCAAUAUUGACAACUGUAGGGUCCACAGCAAGACCAAACGGAUCUUCUGCAAGUCACAGCCAACAGCAUGACCAAAGACCUUCAUAUAUCAAAGAUGCAAGUAAUUCAGAAUGUCUUAGGAAGUUUAUGAGGGAUGCAUCACUAAAACUCAAUGAAGCUCAACGAAAAAGCUUAAUCAAUCAAACCGAACUGAAUAGUGAUCGCCGAGAGGAGGCACAGAAACAUCCGGAGAAUUUGUUCCAAGUGCUGUAUGAAGACGAGCAAUCCACCUCAUCAGAAGAAGUGGAUAUAAUUAAAUUCGUUCUGGAAAAGGCAUCAUCUCUGAGCGAACCUGAGUUAUUGAAAGAAAUUGACAUGUUAUUCAGAGAGGUUUAUCAAGAACAGGGAAUGAGACAACAGAUUUCCAUUUCGAGCAGCCAGUAUGUAAUCAUGCCUACUAAUAAAGCUUAGAGUAUUUUUUCACAAGAAUGGACUGCACCAGCAUGAGAUAAAUGGAAUGUUUAGCGGACAAAGUCACCUUCAAGAACUGAAUUUAUAGUUUCGUACUCAUUUUAACAUUUCUGACAUUUUGGACAUUAUGUAUUUGUUUUGUGAGCGGAAUUAGAAGAAGGAUGGUAGCCAAACAAAAGAUUUACAAACAAAUGUUAUCAAUUGAAUGGUUGAAACUGCUUCCGUAGUCGACGUAAAAUGAAAUUGUAUAGUUGUACAGUAACAUCGUAGUGCACUCCAGUUCCCUUCAGCGUGAACUCCAGUUUUAACUCCAAUGCAUUACGGUGUUUACCCUUGUUUAAAAACUGAGGUACAAAUUUGAAUUAUGUAUUUAUAAUGAAUGGGUUCUUUCAUGAUAUGAAAAUUAAAUGAUGAAGGAAUAUUCUUUUAACAGAGUAUUACAUUAUGUACAUAUCUAUUAUGAUGUCUACUGGGUAUAUGUAAACAAGACAAACUGAACAAUGUUUUUGUCGAUUAGGAAAAUGCAUAGACACCUGUAUGAUUCAAAGGGAAAUGUUUAUUAUAGUACAGUUUCAAAUAGCUUAAUUGCAUGUGGUAUCACAUUUCGUAUUAAUGUUGUAGCAAUAUAUUUGCUAUAGUAAUAUUAUGGUCAUUCUACUUAACUGAAAUGUGGAUGUGAACAUCGAUUUUGUUUUAAAACUGGAUGUGUUUGAUCAAAAAAUAUCCUAAGAGUCAGUUUAAUUUUAAUUACUUUGCCAUAUACAUGGAUAUAAACAACCCUCCUCUAAUGGGCCUACUGUGAAUUCCCCACACCAGCAGCUUCGGGGUAAUUUAAAUAACAGAUAUACAGCUGGUCAUGUGGUGAUGACCUUUACUUCAUUAAAAGUGAAAAAGUUGAAUGAGUGAUUAACUAAUUAUGACAUAUUGUAUACUAUUAUUAAAAGAUAAAUUAAAGUAUGAAUGUUUUUUAAACACAGGAAACCCCAAAUUUCAAUUAAACGGUUACAACAUGAUUUAAGUGGGAGAUAUAAAUGUUGUAAGUGCAACAUGACCACCCGCUGACAGAUAUUUUUUCAAUUUGAUAUCUAUACCUGCAAAUUAAGACAGUGAUAACUCAUAGGCGUUCACCUGUUGUCGUAUUGGAUUCUGAUGGACGUUACCUGAUUAAGCUCACCUUGUGUGAGUUACAGGCAAUUAAUUUCGUGCCAAUUAAUCAGGUUCAUUGUUUAAUGUACAGCUGUAUACAGGUAAAUCAGGACACAGUAAAACCCUGCAGGUAAGAUACUGUGGCUGUCCCUUGAUCAGAUAAUGACAGCCCCAGGCAAAAUUUCACAGCAGUGUCUUUACUAAGGUAAAUUAAUAUUUUGCUUAGAUUUACUCAUUCAAGUGAAAAAAUGUAAUCAGUUCCCUCAAUUAAAAUAUUUCAAUUCUCAUUUAGAUUUUUUUUAAAUUAUAAUUUGUUAUGUUAUCAAUGAAAAAGCCAUUCCGAACCAAAUUCUCCCCGUUUGUCAUUAUAUACAAUAAGACAGCCCAAGCAGCGAGCCAUAAGGUAAGAGAAAGUGUGGGCAGCACAGCUCUCCAUUCACGAUCAUCCCUUAAUUUUGAAGGGUUCCUUAACUUGAAACUUUCCAAAGUAAAACAUUGCUGAAUUUGAGGGAAAAAAACAGUAUUUUCCCUUAAAACUAAUAAUGUUUUCAUAUGGAACUAGAGAACUGUGAGCAAUCCUACAACAAAAGUUAUGAAUAAGUGAUUAAAGCAUCUAUUGAAUAUAACAAAAUUAAUUCCUAUCCCCCUACCCCGACCCUGUAGAAAAGUCAGUAUGGAUACCUACAUUUCUAUGAUCGAUAAGGAAAACCUACUUUCUUGGUAAUACUAAAGAUGCCUAUUAUGAAUGAAAACUCGCACCUAUUUAGUACAUAUGACUUUUUCUCAUUCGUGAUAUUUACCUACAAGCACGAACAUGCCUUUCAAACUGAAAAAGAAUAGUAUAACUGAUUAAUUCUAUAUCUUAAAGCUAUUUUUAAUGUGUUCUCUUUUGUAGCAGAUUCUUUUAUUUUAUUGUAAAAAAAAAAUGGACAACAAUCCUGGCAUCCUUACUAUUUCAUAAAAUAAACAAAAAUCAAUGUGAAAACAACAUUUCAAAACAUGUUCUCUGAAUUAAACAUUUUGAUCUCUUUAUGUCAUAUUUCAUCUGUUCGUGGUAUCUGGGCGAUGGUCACGCCAAAGCUGUUCAUAGAGUGUCUCCCAUUGAUACAAUAAAAAGUUGAUAUGGUAAGGAUUUAUUAGGCUUGAUAUAAAUAGGACGUUAAACGUAAUUAAACCAAGCGAUAUCAACUGUAUAUUUAUUAUUUCAACAUGUUUAUUUUUUUAACUAUUUUGGUUUGUUUUAGUAUUAGUUUGAUGUACUCCUUUUAGUGGACGUCUAUUCUAAGUGUUAUAAUAUACAGAAGAUCACACUGUCCCAUUUAUAUAAUAUCCAACCAUCAGUAUGGGGCCCGUUGUGGGUGUAUCUAUGUAUUAUGUAUGAGUUUUUAAGUAAGGUAAAUCAGUGAUUUACUAGACAAGUAGUGCUUUCACUGGUUUAUCCAACACCAAGUCGGGAUUUUUCUAUCAAUAAUUGGUCUGUCAUUGUUCUGUGUUACGUCCGAUUUUCCCGAUAUUAAAUGUUUAUUUUUUAUCGACUAUGUCACGUUUUUGACUUUUGACUAUUUUUAUAUCUUCAUUUUUUAUCAAUAUUUUGAAUAUAUAUAAAAAUUAUAUUGAAUAUAGCAAUUAUUAAUUUUGGAGUUUUUGCUCAUCGAAGAGGUGAUUUCUUUAUCUACAGAUCAGCCAAUCCAGUAAAGAUGAUGAUGAUGUUUAUUUUUUUUCAAUAUACUGGGAUGGUAAGAUGAUAAUUCAUAAUGAUGAUGAUGACGGCAUUAAAAUAAUGACGUUGGUAUGAUUUCAUGAUUUUUGCUAACCGAAGAGGUGAUAGCUUUAUCUACAGAUCAGUAUU